UUGGGCUGGUGAUCGUUGGUGAAUGCGUGGCAGUGAAUGGCUUUUUGCUUAAUUAUUUGGCUACAUUGUGAAUGAAAUCAGUGAACCUACCCCGAAUUGAAAUAGUUGACUGAGCCAUCCCACAAACAAAAAUCCUGCCGUCCACAGCCACAUUCACCUUGGAGAUAACUGAUUAGCGACACGUUACAUUUCAUGUUUUUCGAGCAAUGGUUUUAUUAGCACGAUCGGAGAGGAAACUGGACUAUUAUCACUGUAUGGGUUUGAUUUUUCUGCCUUAAGGACUGCCCCUGAGCGGGGCUCCUUAAAUCCCUUACAGUAUAAACCUGACGAAACUGGAUAAUUUGGCAGUAUGAAAUCCAUAAAGGGAAUUUAGCUUCCACUAUAAAAUGUAAGAAUAACACUGGAGGCAUCGAGAUCAGAUCGACUGUGGGUAGGUGUCAGAAAUGUCUACCGCUGGAGCAGAAGGCACCGAACGUAUCCCUGAGGAAAUACAGUUGCCAGACUUGGUAUUACUCAGUAGCAGUCAAAACUCCCAGGCCUUUGAUGCACUCUCUAGCCAGGACACUCAAUUUACUUCGGACACUGUAGAUCUGACAGAUGUGGAAGCAAUGGAGAUCAAUUGUGGACGGCAUGAUUAUGGAAAUGAGGUACAAAUGGUGCUUCAGCCUAUUACCAAGAGAGAGAAUGUAGACUGUUGUAAAUCAGGGCAACGUUUGGAUGAUGCUUGCACUGAGUCACAGGAGUCCGAAGAAGGUGGUCUAGAAGAUGAAAUAAUGGAUGGAGAACAGGAAUUGUGUCAUUUUUCACAAUCUUCUUCCCUUCAACCCCAUUCACAGCUUCAUUCUCAUUAUGUUCACCUCCUGUCUUCAUUCACAGGGGACAAUGGAAAUGCUUCCAUCGUGCCAUUAGCUCCAGUGGGUAACUGGAUUCACGAACAUGGUCUUCCUCAUCAAAUGAGAAUGAUACCGGUGAUUAAUGAUCCACUCGUUUCUUCCAAUGUUGGUGUUGGUAAAUACAAUUCUACUGGGUCACAGACUGGGCAACCAUCUGAAGCCACACAGUCACCCUGUUCACCAACUCACACUGAAGGAGAAGACUACCCAUAAAACAAGAAAUUCUCCAAGGCAUUGGCCCACCAAUCCCUGUCUUCCCAUCCUGAUAAGGAAGAAGCAUUGUAACUCUUCAGAGGACAGCCAGGAUAUGGAGCCAUCAAAGGACUGGAGCCAGCUACAAAUUCAUCAAGACAUUCAGCUGCAUAUCUUAUAUCCUUCAUUACCUGUCAACAAGUUUGAACACAUUUGCACUGGUUUCAAGCUUGAACAUAAAAUCCUGACCAUACUUCUGCUGAAUAUUACAGGAAUUGUGCUUCUAGAAACCCAUUUUAACCUCUCUUCUUCUUCUCUAUAUACAUCACAGCAGGAAGAAGGAUGAAGAUGACAUAGUAGGCCUUUCUGAUCUGUCAAUCACAGUAAGGGCUAAGGUUUGAUGAUGAGAGAGAAAAUUUUGCUUGUUAGAUUACAAGGAAACAUACUUCAGACUCAAGACACAGUUCCUACCCAUCCAGCAAUUAAUAGGAUAAUUACAGGGCAUCAAAUAUGUGUGCAUGCAUUGGGAAUGUCUUCUAAGAAUAUGUAACAUAUGAUUAGUUAACUGAAGGAGGCCAAUCUUUGUGCAAAGUUGGUUGGCUUUGCAACACUUAAUUACAACUUGUAUUAUGUGGCACAUCCAGGCAGAUCCCUAACUAAUGUCUCCACAAUGAAAGAUUCAUGGACAAUCACGGUUUCAGCCUCCACCUUGACAGAUGGAAUGCUCACCACAGUGUCAGAAAGGUUAUUGCUUCCAUCUUGAUGAUUAUUUAAGCUCACAAUCUAGGCUAACAUUUCAGCUCAGUGUAGUUUAACAUGUUUACAUGAAUACAAGUGAUAACAUAAGUAAAAAAAAAUGCAUCAGCUUGAUUUGUUACAGCCUAAAUCAGAAAAAAAAUUACUGUAAGUACAUAUGAUACAUGGUGUGGAGAAUACUUACUCAAACAGGAGGUUAUUUAAGUUGGAGACGUACACCAGUUGUAGAACCCACCACCAUAAUUUUAAUGAACAAAUGGAUGAAGAACAGAUGGAUAUAGGUCUCAGGUCUACUCUGCUCCUCCUGACAUCUUUACGAAUCACUGUCUGUGAUACUUUUAAAUUUAGUUUCUCAGUUGAAGUCGUAAUUAGAAUGAAAUUAAUAGCUGAUUUGAAUUCAAAACAUUACCACUUAACUGCAAGUCAUUUGCAGAUGAUACCAAAUUUGGGAGGUCACUAGAAUUGGAGAAAGUGACUUAGAAAUUACACAACAAUUUGGACAAAAUUUGAGUUGGAAUUGCACUUGUAAUAUAAAUGUAAAGUAUGGCACAUGGAAGGAAAAUGGUACUUUAUGAGUGGUAUUGACUGAGCUAAGGAUGAAGUUCAAAAAGACAAGUAGAUGUAUUCAACUAAUGCAAAGUGGCAGUCAACAAGAUCAAUCGAAUGUCAAACUAGUAAAGUUGAGCACAAGUUGCCGACACUCAGAUAGUGCAGUGAAUACUGUUUGUGACUGUCAUGACAAGUAAGGAAGGCAUUGCAAUAUUAAAGAAACACGAAGACACAAGGCUGCUCUGUAGAGGAAAUAAUCUGAGGUAUGAGAAAAUGGCAUGAUCAUUGUCUAUUCUGCCUGGAAAUUAGGUGAUCCCAUGAAAGUUUGUUAUGUGAUUAGGGGCAUGUGAAAGGUAAAUCUGAACUACUACUGCAAAAUUAAAAUUUCAACAGUAGGUAGGGAAUCACUGACUAAACCCAGUGAAAAAUACAUAAUUUGACACUGAAAUUGAGAGGUUAUUUUUCAAAAAAGAAAAUCUAUAUUAAUGCAAUCAAUGCACUUCUAAAUAAAAUACUGGAGUCUAUAUGUCUUGACCAAUUAAGAAACAGAUUUGUCCAGGGAAUACAGGGUUUCAGUGAUGGAACUAAAUUGAACAACCUUUCUUAUCUGUAGUUAUAUUAUGAACUUGAAACUUAAAUUACCAUUGUUGCACUGUAUUUCUCUGGAGAAGCUGUAUUUUUAUUUAUGCUGCUAUUCUUAUUUUUGAAGGCUGAAUAAUUUAAAAGGUAGUUUUUUUUAAUUGGUUGAAAUAUGGUUCUAGAUACACUUCUUUGUCAAUCAGAAGCCUGAAUAACAGAGAUUGGUCUAUAUCAAGCCAAAUAUGUUGUGAUUUAAAAAGCUUAAACAGGCAAAAAGAUCCUUCCUUUUGUUAUGAUCAUUCUUAUUCAUAUUUAUAUUCAAGCAGUAGUGCAAUAAGAUUUUAUAAUUUCUUUAAAAGGCCUUUGAAAUCUGUAAUUAGUUUGAAGAAUAUUUGUAACAGACUUUAGAGAGUUUCAUUCUAUUGUAGAAGGAUCAGAUGCAAUUUUCUUUGCUAAGAAGAAAAGCUGGUCCCUGCCGCCAGAGAAUCCUUGGAAGCAGUACCUAAAAGAAGGAAAUUAAGCAAGAAGCGCCAUGGCUGGCAGGAACAAAGGAGAGCUACAACUGCAAAGAAGAGCUAUAAACAGGAACUGAAUGAGGAAAGCAAUCAGUGCACAGAAGCAAACAGCAAGGGGAAGCAAACAAAGACAGCAAGAUAGAAAAUUCUUGCAAGGAGCAGAAGCAAACCAUUGUUUGGUAGAAAAGGAAAUAGGAGCACUUGGAGGCAAUUUCUGAAUUUUCUAAAAGGUUUAAAACCCAGAAAGCUGUGUGGAAAGCUUUGGGGUUUGAGAGAGCUGGUUUUUGACAAUUUUGAUCAACCAGUAGUUGAUCACUUCAAAUAAAUGAUGGAAAACUACACCAUCAGGAAAGUUAUAACUAAAGAGAAUAGUGAGCUCAGUAUGCCUUGCUGAUGGUAAUCAUACCUGUGAAACUCAAAGAUGAAAACUGUUGUCAGAUAGGACUCCCGGUCUAGCCUGCAUGAAUAAACAGCAGCACAUUGUGUAAAUGUAUGGCUACAUUUGUGUGGGAAGUGUUGGGAAUGCUUCUCUACAUUAAGAUAUACCUUUGUUGUAUUGACUAUUUAAAAUGCAAUUUAUAUUGUCAUUUGAAGUAUCAUUUGCCUGCUAAUUCAUGUGUAAUUUACAUUGGUUGUGAUCUGUGUUAAAGUAGAACCUACAAAAAGUAGUAUAGAACCUUACUGAUAAUUUCUUCA